GCCCCGCGCUCCCGGGACUCCCCCCCCGCCUCCCGCACCCUCCUGCCCCGCCUCUGACCGUCUUUUGCCCGCAGCUUGGCCGCUACUCCGCCCUGUUCCUCGGCGUGGCCUAUGGAGCCAAGCGCUACAGUUACCUGAAACCUCGGGCAGAAGAGGAGAGGAGGAUAGCCGCUGAGGAGAAAAAGAAGCAGGAUGAACGGAAACGGAUUGAGAGAGAACUGGCAGAAGCCCAAGACGACAGCAUACUAAAGUGAGCCUGCCUUUCUCUGGAAUGGUGUGGAUGAAUAAAGCUUUCUGUGUUUGAUGCUCUC